AUGGCCCACGCACUGGUCUUCGGCGCCUCGGGUAUCCUUGGGUGGGCUGUCGUUGACCAGAUCUUGAAGAACUACCCCCAGAAAGGGACAUUUUCCAAAGUCACGGCUCUGACAAAUCGUCCAUUAGACUUGCAGGAUGCCCAAUGGCCGAAAUCUGGAGGUGCCAAUCCCGAGCUAGCUCUGGUGUCGGGGGUCGACUUGACCCGGGGCACUGUAGAGGACAUCAAGCAGCAGCUGAAGCAACGAGUCCCGGACAUUGACACCGUCACGCAGAUCUUCUACUUCGCAUACAUUUUCCAUCCGGAUUUUCCAACCGAGCAAGACAUCAACGUCGCCAUGUUCGAUCGCGGUUUCGUGGCAGCUGAAGCUCUCGCACCAAAUCUGUCCUAUGUGAUUCUGCCGACAGGGACCAAGGGUUACGGCAUCCACCAGCCUGAAAGGCCGUUCAAGGCCCCUUUUGACGAGGCUAUGAACGAUAUUCCGCAGCUUUACCGGGAUGUGUUGUUCUAUUUCGCACUUCGGGACCGUUUGGACGCCCUUCACAAGGGGAAGAGAUGGAAGUGGGCAGAAGUCAGGUGCGAUAUUGUGGUUGGUUUCUUACCACAUAGCAACCCUUACAAUCUCGCCGGGUUCUUCAUCAACUACCUCUCUCUGGUUGCAUUCGUCCAAGGCCGGGGUGCAAAGGUGCCAUACCCGGGACACCCUGACGGCUGGCAUACGCUCUCCAACGACGGCGGUCAAGACACCGUUGCAAGAUUUUCACUUUACCUGUCAGUGAACCCCGACAAGGCUGGGACCUCGGAGCUCUAUAACAUUGCCGACACUUCAGAGGGAUACCCUAUGUCUGCCAAAUGGCCCGCGAUAUGCGAGUAUUUUGGCUUGGUCGGUGUUCCACCGCUGCCUCUGGGCGAUCCGACCUAUGUCAGCCCGGCUCAAUAUCUCGAACAGCACAAGGAGGACCUCAGGCAGAUGGAAAGCCAACUAGGGAAUAAGAUCCAGCAGGUCGAUCUGAUGACGGGCCUUGACAUCUGGCUGAUGAACUUUGACUUCGAUCACCAUCUGGCACUUGGGAAAGCGAGGUCGGUGGGCUUUGUAGAAGAAGGCACGGUCACAGGCAGUUGGAUCCAGACCUUUGAUCGCUAUCGUGCCGCGAAGAAGGUCUGGGUGGCCUCGUGA